UUCUUGGAAUCGCUUAGCAGACCGCUGAACAUCAGCGGGCGUUUUGCGUAGUCUCUGCCAAAAGAUAUUUACCCAUGAGGGAAGGGAGAUAGCAUCUUUGAAAAACCUCGCAAAAAAAGGGGUGGAGAGAUAGAUAGAGAGAGAGAGAGAGAGAGAGAGAGAGAGAGAGAGAGAGAAAAACCUACUACAGGAUAUUUUGUCACUAUGGUUACCGGUGGCAGAUAUUAAUCAUGUAUCUGAAUGUCAAGCUGUUUUAACACCCGCGAGGGAGACUGCUGUGCUGUUGGGCAGCUAAUUGGAGCUGAUCAACUUUGGACAAAUGUCCUGUGGAUCCAUAUAAUUUCAGUGAAGGUGUAGAUGAGCAUUUUCCAUCUGUGAGUUACCGGUUCCUGAAACGUCCAGAGGGGUUCUGCAUCUGCGUCUGCAAGCAUGGCUGUCUUACUCAACAGUACCACAACAUGUGACACCUUGUAUGACCACCGUAAAUUCGCCCAAGUCUUCAUACCUCUUUUCUACUGUAUUGUUUUCACUGUGGGGCUCUUCGGCAACUGCCUCGCUCUUCAUGUCAUCCGGGCCAACCUGAAGAAGAUGAACUCCACCACACUCUACUCUCUCAACCUGGUCAUCUCUGACAUCCUCUUCACUCUCAGUUUGCCGCUAAGGAUAUUUUAUUAUGCUCAGGGCUUCCACUGGUCUAUGGGGGAGGUUCUCUGUAAGAUCUCAGGCUUCGCGUUCUACGUCAACACCUACGCCGGGGUCAACUUCAUGACCUGCCUCAGUGUGGACCGCUUCAUUGCCGUGGUACUGCCCCUACGCUUUGCAAAAUUCCGGAAGGUCAACACUGUCCGCUACAUCUGUCUCGGCGUGUGGAUUCUGGUCCUGAUGCAGACCCUACCCCUCCUUGGAAUGAAACUGACCAACGAGGAGCCUCAGAACUUCACCACCUGCAUGGAAUACCCCAACUUUGAGAAGGUGGACAACAUUGCAACCAUCCUGAUCGGCGCAGUCUUUCUGGGUUUCAUCAUCCCCGUGGUCACCAUACUGGUCUGCUACUCCUUCUUAAGCUCCAAGCUGCUCCUCACAGCCAAGAAAAACCACCUGACAGAUAAGUCUGGCCGCAGUCGCAAGGCCAUCGGCGUCAUCUGCUGCGUGUCCGUGGUAUUCGUCAUCUGCUACAGCCCCUACCACAUCAACUUGCUGCAGUACAUGAUCCGCAAGCUGGUGUCUCACCCCGACUGCGCGGACCUCACGGCCUUUCAGGUGUCACUGCACAUCACGGUCUGCCUGAUGAACUUCAACUCCUGCUUGGAUCCGUUCAUUUACUUUUUUGCCUGCAAGGGAUACAAAAGGAAGCUCCUGAAGCUCCUGAAGAGGCAGGUCAGCAUUUCCUUCUCCAGUGCCGUGAGGACAUCACCCGAAGGCUCCUCCAAGGACUUCAUCGACGGGAAUAGGAUGCAGCUCAACAGUGAGAGGCUCACGGAAAGGAAAUCGCACGAGCACAGUCAAAUUAAGGAACUGAGGAAAAAUGGCAGGACUUAUAGCGUGUCUGAAAGAAGCUCUUUUCAUAUGAACAGUGCGUAAAAGAAAUCGCUGAUGGACAAAUUGAGGCCAGAUCUUAACCAAUCGAUGCUGAGCAUAUUUUAUUUUUUUUGGGAGAUUUUUCAAGAACAAUUAUUGUGUGUUAAUUUAAACAGCAUUUCAUGUGUUAUUAUGCUAUAAAAUGUCCUGGAUUAAAUGAGCGUAAAGGUCUUUGCAGCUAUAUAAAAAAGGAAGUUAUCGGCCCUCCAAUAAACAAUCCAAUAUAAAUGUUGAAACGAGUACAACAUACCUCAACCCAUUAAUUUGAAAUUAUAGACAAAUUUGACAAUAGACUAAAGCCUGACAGAAUAUUUCACAUAACAGUAAGCCAGCAUCGCAUCAGACCUUAUCUUCACAGUGAUCAUAUAAGGAACAAAAUAGAUAAGGUUAAGAGCUCUAAUACACUCACCCUCUGCUGUGGAAACACGUUCAAUUGCGUGUCGACAUAAAUAUUAUAAAUCAGCCAAUCACAUGGCAGCAGCUGAGUGCAUUUAGGCCUUGAAACGUGGUGAAGGUGUUCAAACCAAGCAUCAGAAUAGGGAAAAAAAGGGGUUUAUGUGGCUUUCACUGUGUUGUGGUUUUGGGGGAGAGAAUGUGCAAAAUUAUGUUGAAUUACGCCAGAGGUGAAUGGCUGACAGCUAGUUUAGGAUGAUAGAAAACCAACAGUGGCUCAAAUAACCAGUAGUUAUUACACAAGUGGAAGGCCAGCUCUGAAUGCUGAUUGACUACAGCAGAGGAAGACCACACCGAGAGCCACUCCUGGCAGCUAAGAACAGUAAACUAAAGCUUCAAUUCACAAGAGUUUACCAACAUUGGAUUUAAAAGAUUUGCAAACGCAGGCUGGUCUGAUGAGUCUACAUUGCAGCUGCUAAGUUAAGACAGCAAUGUCCGAUUUUGCCUUGAAAAAACACAACAGAAUGGAUCGUGUAUCAAUAGUUCAGGCUGUUGGUGAUAUAUUAGUAGAGGAGAUCUUAUUGUCAUACUUCUGCCAUACUUCUAGGCACUUAGCACCAACUGAUGCUUCUACAAAGUCCGUAAGCUAUCUGAGUAUUGUUGAUGAUUGUGUCCAUCCCUCUAGGACCACAGUGUAGACAUCCUCUGAUGGCUUUUUUCACCAGCAGGUUCACAAAGCUUAGAUCGCCUCAAAGCGGUUUAACACGAUAAUAGGUUCACUGUACUCCAAUGGCCUCCACAACAAACAGAUCUCAAUCACAACCUAUGGGAUGUGGUGGAGGAGGAGAUUUGCAUGAUGAAUCUGCAGCUGAGAUAUUGCCAUUCAUUUCUUCUCUUUUAAAAGCUUAAAAAAAUGUAUUCAUUACCAUGUAAAUAUAUCUUCUUUUUGAAGAUUGGAAACGUCAACAAAGACCCGUCAAGCAUUCAUUAAUUCUCUAUAUCCAAUUAGACACAAAUACAACAUGAAAAUAAAACUUUAAUUGUUUUAAUUUGUUCAGAAAUGUGACAAUCCUCUUUGCAUUUCAGGUAACUAGUUAGUGCUUUCUUGUGUACCCAUUUUUUCAUAAAGCACAAUUGAAACCACAUAGGACUAACCUUACUUACAAUAUCCCAAGUGCAAAUCAUCCUUCCUUAAAAUAUUUUAAAUCUAUCUAUCUAUUGAGAUAUUUAUGAAUCUAGCACAUGGUACAACAACCCCUUAUAAAUUUGAAACAAAACAAUACAGGGAACCAAAAUGAUCAAGACCUUCGUGAGCAGCAUUUAUCUCUGCCUAGUGUGAGUUUGAUCUUCUUUGAGAGGAGAAUAAAAGGGUAUAUAUAGCAAUGCAUAAAAAUACAACAUAUUAAAAACAAUGUUUUUAAUUAUGAUUGACAGAUGCGUCUUAAAUAUUGUAUACCUUUUAUUCUGGUCCUGAUAAUUCCUGAUCAUCAGGCUCAUAGUGUUUAGUUAACCGUGUACCUUUUGGACAGUUUUAAGUGCUUCAGAAGGGAUUCAAAGUGCAGCUGAAUCAAUUUUUAUACCAACAAAAUUUUACAUUUUCAAAGUUAUUGAUUUGAAGACUUUUUUUCAACCAUAACCUUCCCAGUCACCACCUAGAAAUGUUCGACAAUCAUACUUGUAUAUACCCAAUUAACUCACUGAUAAGGAUUCCUCUGAUUCUGAGACAGUUCUUUGUGAAGAGAAUGACCCCUACUGUCCAGCAAGUGUCAUAAGCUUGGUUCAUCACCUCAAUAUGCAGAGCUGUAACAUGUUCUUCCGUCAACUGUUCUGUUUUUCAGUCUACAUAACAUUUUGGAGGGGUGGUUAGACCAUUUUCACAGAGAAAUGGCACAUGUCCUCCAAGAUGCUUGGAACAUCUGAAAAACCUGAGCAACAAUUUUUGUUAUGUCAAGAUAAUGAUUUCGUUUGGUAUUUCAUUUUAUCUUUUUUAAACAUAAAUAUAUUGUUGUGCCACAUUGUAAUAUUUUGUAUAAAUUACAUUAUCUCGCUUUGUAUCAGUUGUAUUUUAAAAUGAUCCAAAAUAAAGGGGAUUCAAAUGCCUGUC